AUGGUCAAUCAACCACCAAAGAAGCCCGCCGCCAAGGCACGCCCAGCUCCUGGCGCGCAACGUCCCCCCGCCGGUCGUCCGGGUCAAAAGCCUGUCCAGAGGCGAGCGCCCAAUCAGCCAGUCGCACAACCAAGACCCGUUGCGACUAAUCGCCCACCCGUCGGAAGACAGCCUGCACCUCAUCAAGGCAUGCAGAUGGCUCAGAUGAGACGACCUCAGCAAGGUUAUGCUCCAGGACCAAGGCCCGCACAAGCACCGAGACAGGGACCACCAAGACCUCAACAAGCAAGACCUGCUCAAUAUCGACCAGCCCCAGCACACAGAGGUGGUCCUGCACCAGUACAUCGCCCAGUUCAAAGCCACGGUGGUGGUCAUAAAAGCGGAAGUUCCACAGCUAUGAAAACUGCUGGUGUUAUUGGAGGUGCAGCCGCAAUCGGAGGAGCUGGAGAUAGUAGCUACACCUACGACAACAGCCAGUACCAGUACGACAACAGCGACAAUUCUAUGUAUCAGCAAGGCGACUACUACGACAACAGCGAGUACUACGACAACGGAGAAUACUACUACUCUGACAAUGGAUCCGAUCAUGGUGACAGAUAUAAUGACAACUAUGAUCCGGAAGCUCAAUACAGCAGUGAUAACAAUGAUGAUCAACCAGCUGGUUAUGAGCAGCCGCCAGCCCAGGACUUUCAGACGGACAAUCAGAACGAAGAGCCUGGAUGCUGUGCCGAGUGCUGUGGCGAUGAUUGCUUUGUUGUGAUUGCGACGAUUGCUGCGGCGAUGACUGCUGCGGCUGUGGCGGAGAUGGUAAAGAGGGGAGUGGUGGUUGUGUUGUAA